AUGUCGACGACGACGACGCCGACGACAUCGACGACGACCGCCGCCUACGACGCCGCCGCCUACGACGCCGACAACGUCGACGACGACGCCGCCGCCUACGACGCCGACGACGACGCCUACGAUGCCGACGACAACGCCUACGACGCCUACGACGCCUACGACGCCGACGACGCCUAUGAUGCCUACGAGGCCUACGACGCCGACAACGCCUACGACGCCGACGACGACGCCUACGACGCCGACGACGACGUCUACGACGCCGACGACGACGCCUACGACGCCGGCGACGAUGCCUACGACGACGACGCGGACGACGACGCGGACGACGACGCGGACGACGACGCGGACGACGACGCGGACGACGACGCGGACGACGACGCGGACGACGACGCGGACGACGACGCGGACGACGACGCGGACGACGACGUCGACGACGACGACGACGACGCCGCCGACGAUGACGACGACGACGCCGACGACGACGCCGACGACGACGACGCCGACGACGACGACGCCUACGACGACGCCUACGACGACGCCUACGACGACGCCUACGACGACGCCUACGACGACGCCUACGACGACGCCGACGACGACGCCUACGACGACGCCGACGCCUACGACGACGCCUACUACGACGCCGACGACGACGCCUACGAGGGCGCCGACGACGACGCCGACGACGACGCCGACGACGCCGACGACGACGCCGACGACGACGACGACGCCGACGACGACGACGAGGACGACGCCGACGCCGACGCCGACGACGCCGACGACGACGCCGACGCCGACGACGACGCCGGCGACGACGCCAACGACGACGCCUACGACGACGCCGACGACGACGCGUACGACGACGCCGACGACGACGCGUACGACGACGCCGACGACGACGCGGACGACGACGCGGACGACGACGCGGACGACGACGACGCGGACGACGACGCGGACGACGACGACGCGGACGACGACGAUGCCGACGACGACGACGCCGAUGACGACGCCGACGACGACGCCGAAGACGACGACGCCGACGGACGACGCCGACGACGACGACGCCGACGACGACGCCGACGACGACGCCACGCGGACAACGACGCGGACGACGACGCGGACGACGACGCGGACGAUGACGUCAACGACGACGACGACGACGACGCCGGCGACGACGACGACGACGACGCCGACGACGACGCUGACGACGACGACGCCUACGACAACGCCUACGACGACGCCUACGACGACGCCUACGACGACGCCGACGACGACGCCUACGACGACGCCUACGACGACGCCGACGACGACGCCGACGACGACGCCUACGACGACGCCGACGCCUACGACGACGCCUAUGACGACGCCGACGCCUACGACGACGCCGACGCCUACGACGACGCCGACGCCUACGACGACGCCUACGACGACGCCUACGAUGACGCCGACGACGACGCCGACGACGACGCCGACGACGACGCCGACGGCGCCGACGAUGACACCGACGACGACGACGAGGACGACGCCGACGCCGACGACGCCGACGACGACGAGGACGCCGACGACGACGAGGACGCCGACGACGACGCCGACGACGACGCCUACGACGAAGCCGACGACGACGCGGACGACGACGCGGACGACGACGCGGACGACGACGCGGACGACGACGACGACGCGGACGACGACGCGGACGACGACGCCGACGACGACGACACCGACGACGACGACGCCGCCGACGACGACGCCGACGACGACGACGCCGCCGACGACGACGCGGACGACGACGACGCCGCCGACGACGACGCCGACGACGACGCCGAAGACGACGACGCCGACGACGACGCCGACGGACGACGCCGAUGA